AUGAAGGAGUGGGAGAAGCACCGAGACGAGAUGGUGCAGUUGUACCAGGUGCACAAGCUCGGCAGAGUCAUGGAGAUCAUGACGCAGAGGCACAACUUCCACGCCUGCCGCCGCUCUUACAUGGAGCACUUUUCGAAAUGGGGCGUCCGAAAGUACAACCGCAACGGCGGUCGAGAGGUCGUCGUCCACAACGGCAGCUCGCGGCUGCCUGACGAGGACGACGAGGACGACGCGACUCCUGAGGCCGUCUACGGGAGCGGACGCUACGGCAACCCAUCGUCCAGUCGCGUCGUCCCGCACGAGGGUGGCGGCGGCGACGACGGGCAGCAGACGCUCUGCAUCACGUACGGGAACCACCACUUCACCAACAACCACGACCCGUACUCGCCGUACCAGGCGGCCGGCGCUGCUGCUGCACUUGAGCACCAUCAGCAGCAGCAUCAGCCUCACGGCCACCAUCUUCACCACCCCCAGCACCCAAGCCAACUCGAGCACGACCACUCGGCCAUCGGCCAACAAGACUGGGGAGAGCUGGCCAACGGCAGUUGGCCGACCUCGCACGGCAUCGGAGAAUACGACACUGGUCUCGACGUCGCGAGCCAAUACCUCGCUGCAGACGGCAGCCAGAUCCAUGAUGGUCUUGGUCAGGCGCCCAUGAUUCAUCACGACCGGGGCGCGCACCAGGCGCACCAUCCCAACCACACCAAUUACAGACUGUGA